AUGGCGAACAUGAAUGUCAACGAAUCGGCGGAUGAAGCUCCAUUCCUCGAGGCAGCAAACGAGGCCGUCGUUCAACCUAAAAAGUCCUCCUGGAAACACCUCUUUUCAUUUACCAAGUGGUCUCACGCUGGUGCGAUUUCCUGGGCUUUCCUCGCUACGGCCAUCACGGCGGGACUCAAGGCCGCUCUCCCUGUUUUGCUCGGCGAAACGUUCAACGUCAUCAGCGAUUAUGGCAUGGGAUUCAUCAACGGUACCGAGGCCACCAGCCGCAUGUCACGGUGGUGCCUAGUGUUGAUAGGGGUCGGUGCUGGCAACUGGGCGGCUAACUCAGCGUUCCUCGCGUUAUGGGUGAUCUUUGGCGAGCUGCAGGCGAACGCGGCUCGACACGACAUCUACCAAAGUCUCCUGAAGAAGGAUAUGACAUGGUACGAUUCGCAGAGCCAGGGCAUUUCCAGCUUGCUCUCACGGAUACAGACCCAAACGCGCGAGCUGCAACUAGGCACAUCCCAGAUCCUCGGCCUACUCUUUUGUGAAUUCUUCACAGCGCUUGCGUCCAUCGGUAUCGCCUUGCUCUACGCUUGGAAACUUACACUUGUCCUCCUGGCGACUAUGCCCCUGUCGGCCAUUGUACUCUCGUUGGCCACACGACCCCUCGAGCCGGCUAUACAGGCCCAGCGUAAAGAGCUUGCUACUGCGUCCAAAAAGGUUACUUCGUCCAUCGUCGCCAUAGAUCUCGUCAAGAUCUUCGGCGGAUACGAUCAGGAGACGGAGCAGUACGUUCAAAACAUUCAAAGAGCAGCAAAAUACUACACGAUCCAAGCCCGAUGCAUUUCCAUACAAAUGGGCUAUGUGGCUUUCUGGGUGAUUGCCAUGUUUGUUGUUGGCUUCUGGUACGGUCUGUCGCUUGUCGAGGAUGGCUUGCGGCCCGGCAGUGUUCUGACAGCGUUUUACGCCACGCUCGCGGCUUUCCAAGGCGCCGAAGCACUGGUGCCGCAUUGGCUGGUCUUGGCGAAGGCCAUGUCGGCGGGUUCUUUUCUCGAGGCAGUCGUGGCUCCGAAGAAUGGCGGUCGAGAGAUUGCACGCGUGGGUAGGCAUGUGAGGCCACCAACGUGUACCGGUGAUAUCGAACUGAACAAUGUCAGCUUUGCUUAUCCUAGCAACCCGGACACCAUCGUCUUACGACCAUCGACCCUUUCCUUCCCCGCGGGCGAGAUGACUUUCCUCGUAGGCCGCAGCGGAUCUGGGAAGAGCACGAUUGGGAACCUUAUUGCCAACUUCCACGAGCCCCUGAAAGGCGACAUUCAGAUAGACAACGUGUCGAUGCGGGUACUGGACGAACAGUGGGUGCGCGAAAAUAUCACCCUUAUCCAGCAGACCAGUAUCUUGUUCAACGACACCUUUUUCAAAAACCUUGCAUUUGGUCACCGGGAUCCUGAGUCAGCAACCCAAGCCGAAGUCUUGAGCGCCUGUCAUUCCGCCAUGCUACAUGAUACCCUGGCUAGUCUACCCCAGGGAUUGCAGACUGAUGUUGGCUCCGAGGGCCAUAACCUGAGUGGAGGCCAAAAACAGCGCUUGGCCCUUGCUCGCGCACGUCUCCGCGAUCCAUCAAUCCUCAUCCUUGACGAGGUCACGAGUGGCUUGGAUCAGUUGAGCAAGACGCUUGUCAUGGACGCUAUUCGGCAGUGGCGACGCGGCAAGACUACAAUCAUCGUCACGCAUGAUGUCUCCCAGAUUGAAGACGAUGAUUUUGUUUAUGUCAUGGACAGCUCGUAUCUCGUGCAAGAGGGGUUCAAAAAGAAUCUAUUGGAGCAAGAGAAUGGUCACUUUGCGUCUCUGGCUUCUCCCCAUGGACACCAAGACUCACCGGAAAUUCGGAUCUCGGCUGUCGACACGAUAGACUCGCCCGACACGCCCCUGAUCGCGUCUCGCCGCUCACGCUUUGCUGAUAGAAUCUUCAAUGAACUUGAAGUUAACUCGUUGCAAGUCAACAACCUUGGCAGACGCAGUUCACUGCUGCCCGGCCGAGACUAUCAACUGCAUCUAGGACUGGACGCGGGUCGACUACUGGGCGAUAACAGAGCAUCCUUCCAUGCUGAGGAUAGCCAGAACUGGGAUGAAGAGAGGAAACGCUUCUCACGCUUUCUGACCCAGCGGUUCUCAUUGCCAGAACAGCACGAAUUGGUCACAAUGCCACAAUACGCCACGCGUGCAUCUCCAGCGCCAGUACGGCCCUUGUCAAGUCUGACUUCGGAUUGGGCCGGGUCUCCCAAAGAGAGCGUCACGUCCGAGGAUCUGGAGAAGAGAGCAUCAUUCAUCUUUGGUAACUCCCAGAAAAACAGCGAAAUGUCCACCCGUCGACCUAACAGUAUUGUCGAGCAACCAGCUGUCCUUGAGCAAGACCCGACACCAGCACUAAAGCCGCCCAAGAAGAAGAUCUCUCUCUGGUCAACCCUCAGGACCGUCUGGCCCACACUCGGUGCCGCCGACCGUAUCUUGUUCUGUUUUGCUUUUGUUGUCUGUAUCAUUGGCGCCACAGCGACUCCUGUGUUCGCCUACGCCCUUUCGCAACUCCUGGGCGUGAUGACCUCGCCCGGAGAAAAGACCACCAAGGGAAUGAAGUGGGCACUCAUCAUCCUAGGCGUGGCUGUGGUGGACGGCUUGGGCUGGGGCGGCAGCCGCUACAUGUUCGAGCUCGUCGGUCAGAACUGGGUGAACAAGAUUCGCAUAGAAGUCCUACGACGGAUUAUGCUGCAGCCAAAACCUUUCUUUGGCAAGCAAAAGAACUCACCCGGCCGAAUUGUAGAAUGUCUGGACCGCAAUGCCGAGGAGAUGCGCAACAUUGUGGGCAAGUUUAUCCCCAUCAUGGUAGCCAUCACCACCAUGCUCAGCGCCUCUUUCGUCUGGUCCAUGAUCGUCUCCUGGAAGCUGACCCUUGUUGCUUUGUCACCGGUGCCCGUCGUUGCCGGGGCUAUCAAGGGCUUCACCUGGAUCUCUGGAAAAUGGGAGGCCAGGUGCAACACGGCAGCGGAAGACACAUCUGCAACGUUGACCGAGAUUUUCCUCAACAUUCGCGUCGUUCGGGCCUUGACUCUGGAGAGUUACUUCACCAAGAAGUACGAGUCGCAGGUCCAGGAUACCUUGGCUAUUGGCCUCAAAAGAGGCGCCUACACAUGCGUUCUCUACGGUGCCUACCAGUCCAUUGGAUACGUACUUACAUCGCUCGUCUUCUAUUACGGCACGCUUCUCAUGGCCACAAAGGGCGAGAUGAAUGUGGCAUCUCUCAUGCAAGUCGUCAAUCUCCUGCUUUUCAGCAUUGGCAGCGCCGCAGGUAUCCUUAGCGGCAUACCGCAGCUGACCAUGGCGCAAGCGACGGCCUCGCAGAUGCUGGAGUAUGCCGGCAUGUCAACAGAGCCACCCGAGGGACAGCGUGGCAGUUUGAGACCGUACAACUUGCUGCCCAUUAGAUUGGACAAACUCAGGUUUUCCUACACAAAAACCCAGAGUGAUGUCUUGCGAGGCGCAUCUUUUGAGAUUCACGCUGACAGGGUGACUGCCAUCGUUGGACAAUCCGGUUGUGGAAAGACGACUUUAGCUUCCAUUCUCUUGGGGUUAUAUCCUCCCUCCGAGCCCUCCUCCCUGACUCUGAACGGCAUUGCAUCAUCAGACAUUGAUAUUGAGCACCUUCGUUCACAGACAGCCUACGUCGCCCAGGCGCCGUAUCUGUUCCCUGCUACCAUUGCCGAGAACAUCACAUACGGGCUACCGAGCGGCUCACCCUACUGCGAAACGGCGAGCAUCGUCCGCGCUGCCGAAGCAGCAGGCGUUCACGAAUGGAUCAUAUCCCUUCCAGAAGGUUACUCUACCCUCAUAGGCGAUGGCGCACAAGCAUUGUCAGGUGGCCAGUCGCAGCGGCUCAGCAUUGCGCGCGCACUUGUCCGUCGUCCCAAGCUACUCGUCCUCGACGAACCGACAUCGGCUCUGGACGCAGAAAGCGCUGGUAUGAUACGGCGGACGAUUCGCGGCCUGAAGGGGAUGGCAGUGGUUCUGGUGACCCAUAGCCCGGAAAUGAUGCGAACCGCGGAUUGGAUCGUGGUGGUGGGCGAAGGAGGCGUGGUCGCCGAAGAGGGGGGUUAUGAAUCGUUGAUGAGGAAUCAAGGGGAGUUCGUCAGGUUGCUACACUGCGGCGAGUAG